UUAAAAGUGUCAGUGGUUGCUGUUAAGUAACCAGAUUUUCAUCUGAAUGAUACAGUCGUAACUGUGAUGAUUUAGAUCCUUGAUCCUGCUACCCCUCGUUUGUUCUCUUAUCUUUUCCACGUUGUCCCUUCACAUGUUUAUUUUUCUUUACUAGCACUCCCCUCACCCCGUAUGGAUUUUUAUUGGUGGUGGAGGGGGAGGCUCGAUCAUGUCCCUGACCUUUUCCAGCCAGUUACUUGUCUGUGACAAGCAUUAGGAAUACAGUCUGGCCCCAGGAGACAUGUAAACAGACUUUACAACCAGUGCCAGGGAGGCCCAGGGGUGGAGCUGCCAACUCUGUCAAAGAGACGUGGCAUGAAAGCUUCACACUUGAGGUCUAUUGGGAAGGAAGAAAAAGUUAUAAGGCAAUGUGUACAAAGAUCGAGAAGUGGUGCAUGGAAAAUGAAAAGAGUUUUCUGGGUUGGAUGGUGUUGGUAGCCAGCAAUGUGGAUGUACUUAAUGUCACUGAACUGUACACUUAAAAAUGAUUAAGAUGGGUUCUCCAUUCAGGAUGACUUCUAGACCAGAGAUGGUAGUGCUAGAAGAGGAACCAGUGACAUCUAAGACUCAUGAUCAUCAACUGGAAUCAGAUCCCAACCCUGUGGACGUGUGUAAUAAAUCGUCCGCCUCCCUGGAGAUGACUGAACGUGUUUCAAAGGAACAAAUUCACCGUGGCUAUAGCCCCCAAAAAGGGGACAGUGGUGAUCUCAGCCACCAGGAAGGACUUGAAUCCAGGUCCCUUCAUUUGUCCCCACAAGAGCAGUCUGCCUGUCAUCAAGACAGGAGGCAGUCCUGGCGGCGAGCAAGUAUGAAAGAAACGAACCGGCGGAAGUCGCUGCCUCCCUUUCAUCAGGGCAUCACAGAGCUCUGCAGAUCCAUCAGUGUCGACCUAACAGAAAGCAAACGGCUGAGCUCUCUCCUCCUUUCCAGUUUCCAGUUCUCUGUUCAGAAACUUGAACCUUUCCUAAAGGGAACUGAGGGCUUCAGUCUUGAAAGUUUUAGAGCCAAAGCAUCUUCCCUUUCUGAAGAAUUGAAACAUUUUGCAGACAGACUGGAAAGUAAUGGAACACUACAAAAAUGUUUUGAAGAUUCAGAAGGAAAAGUAUCAGAUUUGGCUCUGGAAACAUCAGUUGCUGAGAUGAAGGAAUAUAUAACAAAGUUUUCUUUAGAACGUCAGAAUUGGGAUCAGCUCUUGCUGCGCUACCAGGAAGAGGCUGAAGAGAUCUUAUCAAGAGCAUCAGCUGAAACCAAAAAUACUGAAGUUGAAGUGGAACCUAGAAUGUAUGUUGGGUCUUCCCAGAGUGAAGUCCUUAAUACAAAACCUGACUACCAGAAGAUAUUGCAGAACCAGACUAAACUCUUUGAUUGUAUGGAGUUGGUGAUGGACGAACUGCAAGGAUCCGUGAAGCAGCUGCACGCCUUCAUGGCCGAAAGUACCCAGUGCCUCCAGGAGGUGUCAGUACAGCUCGGGAAGAGAAGCACUCAACAAUUAGAUCCUUCACCAGCUCGAAAACUGCUCAAGCUUCAGUUACAGAAGCAACCUAGCACAUAUUGCUCUAAAUCUUGUCAGUGACCGUAUGCAGCUUUUCUGCCACAAGGUGCUCAGAGGAGAGAGACCGGAAUAGUGCCCCAGUGCACAGCAGGCUGAGCUGCGACGUCUGCCCUGUUGCCUUUGAAGAUAACUGGCUGAUUGUAAAGCACUCUGAUUUUUUUUCUUAAAAUGGAAUUUAUGCAUUUGAAAGAAUGUCAUAUACAAGCUGUUUCCAAGAACGGGCAAAAUGCUUGAGACUUUGCUUUGGAAUGACCUCCAGAACUAGUGGCCCAUUCUUUGAAAUAUCCUUUGGGAUCAGAAAUCCUUACUCCGAAGAUGUUUUUGAGGUUUUGAAACAACCUAAAGUCAUUCAGGACCAAAUCCAGUAAGCAUUUGAGGGGUCAUUCUGGUUGUAAACAGAAUGAGACUGAUUUUCUCCUGUGACUUUAAGGGUGGUGUUGUGAGCAUUGUUUGCAUUGUAUGGAUACAUAUAUCCUCACAAGAUUCCCAAAUUGAAAAUACUAACACGCACUCUGUAUAUCCUGAGGUCUAUAAUGUGUUUUAGCUUUCUGGGAGGGUGUGCUACACCAUGUGGCAUGCAAGAUCUUAGUUCCCCAACCAGGGAUUGAACCCAUGCCCCCUGUGGUGGAAGUGUGGAGUCCUAACCACUGGACUGCCAGGGAAGUCCAGUAUAGUCUGCUUUAGCUUCUAAUGUUGAGUUGACAUCCUAAAUUCUAGAUUCAUGGCAAGAAGGGGUUAAGUAUCUCUUUUUCAUUGUUCUUUGUUAAUGAUUUGCAUUAUAAGAUUGCAUGUUCUUAAAAGCUUUCCCUUGUCCUCGUGUAUGAAAAAAUGAAAAGGUGGGGAAGGCUUAGCAGAAAAUAGGAUUCUUUGUCAGGACCCAGAAGUGAACAGUAGUGUGGACAGUGUUAACAACCAAUAAAACACCAACUAAUUUAU